UGGAUGGGAUAAAGAAAUAUGUUUUCAAUAGCCCAGAAUGACAUUAAGUGUGUGAUAUAGGAUUGAGAGCAGGAUUUAUUUUUGCAACACAGAAGGUAAUGAAGUACAGGACUAACUGUCCAAUUAAUGAUUGAAGCAGAGAUGUUGCCGGAUGGUUCAGAAAUAAAAGGGGAUAGGGUAAGUACUGCAUAGCAGUAGGACUGCGAUGGACGUGGAGGAUAGAGUACAUGAUCUGAGUAGUUUAACUGGGAUUUGGCAGGCGGGAGUUGUAAAUAAUUGGAGAUUUAAAUUCUAUUAAUGGGAACAAACACUUCAGAAACAAAAUUCUUUUCAUGUGCUGCGGAUCACAUGGAACAAGCGGAAGUGACGUCUAAGCACAGCUGAAUAGCUGUUACAAGAGGUUCUAAAUCAGACUGGAAAGAAUGAUAUUACCAUGGCGAGUCUAUCAGAUGAUGAUGGUUAAACACCCUUGGAAAGUCCAAAUUCUGACUGCUGGUACUUUGGUUGGAUGCAGUGAUGUAAUUUCACAGCAACUGAUUGAACGACAAGGAUGGGCAAAUCAUGACACGAAAAGGACGCUCAGAAUGACAACUGUUGGAUUAAUUUAUGUGGGUCCUGUACUCGGAGUGUGGUAUAAGUUGCUAGAUCAACUUGUUGUCGGAAAGAGCAAAACUGUGGCAUUUAAGAAAAUGUUACUUGAUCAGUUUGCACUUGCUCCUUCUUUUUUGGCCUGUUUCCUUACACUAACUGGAUUCUUGGGUGGGCAUUCACGAGAGGAAGUAUGGAUAAAGCUAAAGAAGGAUUAUAAAGAUACAUUGAUAUCAAACUAUUAUAUCUGGCCAACAGUACAAAUGUUAAAUUUCUACUUUGUACCACUAGUAUACAGAUCACCAUCCAGCAUGACACCAACUCCUCUGAUUUUCCUUUCAGCCUGUUUACUACUUGGCACUCGCACCCUUCCAGCUGUUUGUCGUGCUGUAGAUCUGAGUGUCUUCGACAAAAUUUAUGAUCCUAAUAUCAACACAGCUACUAAUGAAGAGAAUGACCAAUCCCUUUCCUACAUCCUGAAGGAAAAGUUACUCCAAUCUUUUGAGAAAAAUCCCAAGUACAUGCUGAUGUACUCCCACCUACCUCCAGGUUACCUGCAGAUGUUGAAAGAUAUCUUUGCUAAAGAAGCCGGUCGUUUCCUUCGUGAACCUUCCUUAAAUGCAGAAAACCUCAUGCCCACCCAAGAAAUUGACCAAGAUAUGGUAGCAGCCUUCGCAGGACGCUCCAAGAGGCCCGUUGACCCACCCAAUUCCUUGGAUCUCACAUUUCAUAUCUUGAGGGAAAUGAUUGAAAUUGCCAAGAAUGAAAAUCAAUGGAUGCAGGCAGAUAACAAUCGUAAAAUUAUGGAGACAAUUGGGAAGUGAUGAAUUUAGAAUCUGUAAUAAGCUCAUUCUGUCAUCAAAUUAAGAGUUUAUGCUUUGAUAUUCAUCACAUGGAUUCCCUCAAAGUCACUAAAAGAUGCACUAACCAAAUCUGUCUCAUGAAACUCCUGUAAAUCUGAAAGUAAUGUUCAAUUCAAACUUACCAAAUAAAUAGAAUAUUCAUGAAAUAAUUGCUCAUCAUGAAAUAAUUUUGUCAUUUAUAUUUUGUAAUAAAAAUGAUUUUAAAAUAUUAUUUUGAUUCAACACUUUGUUUAGUCUGAAAAAACUGUAUAAUGGUUGUAAAGGGACUGAGGUCAUUGAGCUGCAUUUCUGGAUUCUGUUACAUGAUUAUGUUUAAACAAUAAAUUCAAAACUAGAUGUUUUACAAAUAGCUGAUAGUUUGAUUACUAUCUGAAUUUAGAAUUGGAGCAGAAUUAAUAAAGUACAAAUUAGAAAUUGUCUUGUGGAUAAUACCUUCCAAGUUCACUUUGUACACACAAAUAUGGAAAAUAGAUUCUUUUAGAUUUGGGGAGGUUAAAUUGAUAUUACUUCAUUCAUUGGCCUUUUUUAUAACAUAUAUUCUAGUUCUAACAUGAACAAUAUUAAAUAUGCUUUACUUCUGCAAAGAAGAAUCCUCCAAUAAAUUAUUCUUAAUAUUCAUAAGCUAAAUACAGUGUGUAUUUUAUGUUGGCUACUACCAGAUAUAUUUCAAAAGGCCUGCAUCAAAAUACAUUGUGAUGCAAAGACUUUAUUUAAUCUAUUUUCUAAUCAACCUGUUCAGCGAUGUUAUUACACACCUCUAGAAGAGGUGGAACUUGAACCUGGGCCUUCUGUUCCAGGAGUAGGGAAUGCUACAAGAGGGCCCCAUGAUGUGGAAUCUGUCUCAAAUGUGCUUUUCAUCCUUUCACAUCCAUCUGUAUCAUUUCCAAUUUUAUUAAAUGUGCUGCCAACUUAUGUAUUUUAACACUAUCGAUAUUAUAGAAU